AUGGGACUCACCUACAAUACAUACCUCAAUUCCGCAAAGAUCUUUGGGUGCAAGACUUGCAAGACGCAUCUGGCGGACUUUGACGACAUCAUAUCGCGUAACUUUCGAGGGCAGCAUGGAAAAGCAUUUCUCUUCUCCACGGUGGUCAACAUCAAGCAGGCCGAGGCAAUGGAACGUAAUAUGACCACCGGCAGACACAUUGUGCGUGACAUCAAGUGCAAACAGUGUGACGAGACGGUGGGAUGGAAGUACGACAAGGCUUAUGAGGCCAGCGAGAAGUACAAGGAGGGCAAGUAUAUUCUGGAGUCAGAACUGCUGUGCACCGUCAAUUGA